GCAAAACUCACUGAACCGCGAUGAGUCGACGGUUGGCCAAGUUGCACAAACCGUGCGCCAAGCUGGACAAGUACGACAAUGAACCGUACAUGCAGAAUCCGCUGUUGAAUCUGUUCCUCUCGGAGGUGAAGGAGCGACGCCAUUAUAGCUUCAUCCAGCGCAAGGCUGCCGCGGAAAAGGUGAAAAUCUGCCGCCGCAAGACCGAGGAUCUGGACGAUGUCAUUCCAAAGCCCGAAUCGUACUAUGCCGAUCAGCUCCGGGAGCACGCCAAACGUGCUCCGGUUCCCAAGAUGCUCUCCAGAACCGAGGAGAAAAUCCUAUCCUAUGUGCCGAAACGCCUCCGGCAGCAGUACCCUACCGUCCUGGCGUCCUACAUGGCAGACGUGCAUGAAGAUUUCGACAAAGUUAUGAAAGCCUUCAGCUGCCAGAAGAUCUUCAAGCCGGCACCCGAUGACUAUGUUCCACCGAGGGAAAAGUUCGAAUUCAAGCGUCUCGGACGUACGGCAAAUUACAAACAUUUUCUCAAGCACAAGGCCGCUAUCCAGAAGAACCUGCUGAUUCCGCAUCCGUUCAUACGAUGUAUUAUUCACUACUCCUAUACUGACCUUCCACCGGUGCUGAACGACUACACCAAGUAUAGGAUGGAAGAGGAAAUAACCUUGAAUGAGCUUCGCGACAUGGCCAAGAAGGAACUCCAGGGCUGCAACAAUUUCAUCGCCCAGGAAUGGUAUCCGAAGAUCACUCGGAUAUUGAAGAAACACUAUGAUCGUCGAACGCUUCCGAAGUCCAUGUGGCUGAAAGUCAUCAACUGCGCAUCGGGCCUGAUCAAUCGUCAACUGACCGAGCUGAAGCUGCGAACCAUCGAGCACCUCCGCCUGACCGUACUCAAUGUUCAUAAAAUUCCACAGAUGAAGAUCAUCGCCAUAUGUGACGACGGGAUGGUGGAUCUGUUUCCAAGCCUGAACGAUAUCUACAGCGUGUAUCAGAAUGCGAUCGAGGACAUUGCUACCGUGGGUUCACGCUUGGAUCCACUGGAGAACAUGAUCGAUGCUCAGGCAUUUGUGACCAAGGUCAAUUUUAUGAAGAUUGGCAUCGGUGAGAUUUCGCUCCGGGAAGCUCACGACGCACUGCAAUUGGCUCUGGAAGAGACCUUCGAACCAUUGACUGCCUAUUUGAAGGACUUCCAGGAGCAGUUUGUCGGGUUAAUCAGCCGGGAGACCCGGGACGAGCUGAAUGAGUUUCUGAGUGAGCCGCGUUCGUUCGAGGAGUAUCUGGAGAAGAUUGAUCAGUUCCAGGUGUAUAACGACAAGAUCAAGAACAUGGUGAUGAAGGAGUACUUCUAUGUGGCCAUCGUGAAUCAAUCGGAUGCGAUCGGUAGCGUAAGGAAGAUGGUGCGGGAAUAUAUAGAGCGUAUUGCGUCGAACAUUGCGGUGGAACAUAGGAAAGAGAGCCAACGGAUCUGCAGGGAGUUUGAGGAGAUUAAGGAUAGGGCAUUGGAGAUACCGUCUUCGACGGAACAGCUGAUGGCCAACGGGGAGUAUAUGAACCGAGCCAAGACGGAGGUAAUCGAGGAGCUGAGAGAGAAGAUCCAAGAGUCAAUGCGGAUUGGUGCUUACUUGGUGGAGUUGCUGGAAUUGCCACCCGAUCACAUGGACGUCCAGGUGGAGAGCAUCAACUGGUACUUCCGAAUUCAGGCUGUUUUCGAUAUCAAUUCGACAAACUUUGAGACCUACAAGUUUCAAUUUGAAGAGAAGCUACAGGAAGUGACCAAGCAGCUGAACGAAAAGAUGGAGGAGAUGAUUCCAAACAUCGCGAUCAUAAACGAUAUGACGGAAACUGAAAAGUUCAGGGACUACGUAAUGCUGUUGCAGGGUUACAUCGAUCAGAUCUUCGUCUUUGAGGACUAUGUCAAGUGGAUCAACAAGGAGGAGGUGUUGUUCAAGUUUCCCAAGUCACAGUACGCGGUGCUGGAAGCGAUCAAGACGUUCAUUGUGCCAUUCUACAAAUUAAUUAGGUUAUGCAUGCGUUGGCUUCGAUACUACAACGUCUGGAUGGACGGUCCUUUCGAAUAUCUGGAGCCACACUUUGUGGAAUCGAAAACGGAGGAAUUCCUCAAGGAGUUCCAGAGGACUCAGAAGUACUAUCGAAAUCGCAUCAAAGCAGAUAUGUUGGAGAAUACGCUCUGCAAAUUUAAGGGUCAAACGGAAGAUCCGGAUCCGGAGAAACAUCCGUGCCCUUUGAAGCUUUGCGCCCGGAUGACACAGUCUAUCAAAGACUUCCACCUGGGAGUCUACAUCGUCAACAUUAUGUGUAAUCCGGCGCUAAAGGAUCGUCACUGGGACGAGAUGUCGGAAAUUGCCGGUUUCGAUUUGACCCCGGACGCUGGAACUACGCUGCGGAAGAUCAUCAACCACAAGUUGGACAAGGAUCUGGACAAGUUUGAAAUCAUCAGUAUCGGAGCCAACAAGGAACUGCAGCUGCAGAAGAACCUGGUGGCAAUGAUAAAAGAGUGGGAGACGAUCGAGUUCAAGCUGAAUCCUUUCAAGGACACGAACAUCAACAUUCUGUCCGGGUUGGAUGAGAUCCAAGCGGUGUUGGAUGAUCACAUUAUUAAGACGCUGGCCAUGCGAGGUUCAGCGUUUGUGAAGCCAUGUGAGAAGGAGGUCAAGGAGUGGUACAAGACGUUGACCAGAGUCAACAAGACUAUUGAACAAUGGGGAAAGGUACAGGGUACUUGGUUGUAUCUGCUGCCGAUCUUUUCGUCGGCGGAUAUCGUAGCGCAGAUGCCGAACGAGGGAAGGAUGUUCCAACAAGUCGAUAAAACCUACCGAAUGUAUAUGAAAGCCGUCGAAGGGAAUCGAUCGGUCAUGAAUGUGGCAGCAGCUAAAGGAGUUCAGGAAGCGCUGGAGCAGUCCAAUGAAAUGAUGGAAGAGAUCACCAACGGAGUCAAUGAAUAUCUGGAGAAGAAACGUUUAUAUUUCCCAAGAUUCUUCUUCCUGUCCAACGAUGAAAUGUUGGAGAUCUUAUCGGAAACGAAAGAUCCACUAAGAGUUCAACCGCAUUUGAGUAAGUGCUUCGAAGGUGUUAAUCGGCUGGAGUUUGAUCAGGCCUUGGAUAUUCGUUCAAUGUUCAGUAUCGAGAAGGAAAAUGUCCAUUUCGUAGAGAAGGUAUCGACUGCGGAAGCUCGUGGCAGUGUGGAAAAGUGGUUACUUCGUGUGGAGGAGGAGAUGUUGAGGGCCGUUUUACAUCAGAUCAACGGAAGUUACGAAUCGUAUAAAGAGAAACCACGUCACGAUUGGGUACUGGAUUGGCCAGGCAUGGUAGUGCUUUGCGUGUCGCAGAUCUACUGGGCAGCGAAUAUACACGCAUGCUUAGGAAGGAGGCUAGAAGCUAUCGUUGAAUACCAUGAUCAGCUUCAGCAAGAGCUGAUGGAUGUUGUAAUGUUGAUCCGUUCUAAAGAGAUCACCAACUUGGAUCGCAUUACAAUCAAGGCCUUGAUCGUUAUCGAUGUCCACGCGAAAGAUGUCGUAGAUGAUCUGAUCAAGCAGCAAAUCCACACGGAAAAUGACUUCCAGUGGUUGGCACAAUUGCGCUACUAUUGGAGCCAGGACGAAGUGACAGUUAAGAUUAUCAAUGCAUCGGUGCGGUACGCUUGUGAAUAUUUAGGAAACUCAGAUCGAUUAGUUAUAACUCCCCUGACCGAUCGCUGCUACCGAACGUUAAUGGGAGCGUAUCAACUGCAUCUGAAUGGGGCUCCUGAGGGUCCAGCUGGAACGGGUAAAACAGAAACGACCAAGGAUUUGGCGAAGGCUUUGGCCGUUCAGUGUAAGGUGUUCAACUGUUCCGAUGGACUGGACUACAAGGCUAUGGGCAAGUUCUUCAAAGGCCUGGCGUCUUCUGGAGCAUGGGCUUGUUUUGACGAAUUUAACAGAAUUGAGCUGGAAGUCUUGUCGGUCGUCGCUCAACAGAUCUUGUGUAUCAUCGUGGCUGUCCGAGCCGGAGUGCAGAAGUUUAUCUUCGAAGGAACGGAACUGAAUCUAAAUCCUGCAUGCUACGUCUGCAUUACAAUGAAUCCAGGCUAUGCCGGUCGGUCGGAGCUUCCGGACAACCUGAAGGUGCUCUUCCGUACCGUAGCAAUGAUGGUGCCAGACUACGCCAUGAUUGGAGAGAUUUCCUUGUACUCCUUUGGAUUUACCAAUGCACGAUCCCUAGCGGUGAAGAUCGUCACAACCUACCGGCUCUGCUCGGAACAACUGUCAUCACAGAAUCACUACGACUACGGAAUGCGAGCCGUCAAGACUGUACUGCAAGCUUGCGGAAAUCUCAAAAAGGCCUUUCCAGAUGAGGACGAGGAAAUACUACUUCUUAGAUCCCUGUUGGACGUAAAUCUACCAAAGUUUCUGAGAAAAGACGUCCCGCUUUUCGAAGGGAUCAUCUCCGAUCUGUUUCCGGGAGUGGCGCUUCCCCAAGCAGACUACACGCUGCUGACCCACGCAUUCAACGAUGUCUGCAAGGAUAUGAAACUGCAACCUAAGGAUACCUUCCUCACCAAGGUGAUUCAAACGUACGAGAUGAUCAUCGUACGUCACGGGUUCAUGCUGGUGGGACAGCCAUAUUCCGGAAAGUCGAUGACCCUGAAAGUUCUCGCCGAGUGUUUGACAAAGUUGAAGGGAAAAAGUGACAAUCCGUACUUCCAUCGAGUGCGCUAUGAAGUGGUGAACCCCAAAGCGAUUACCAUGGGUCAGUUAUACGGAGCAUUCGAUCCUAUUUCAUAUGAGUGGACCGACGGAAUUGCUUCGACUAUUUUCCGAGGAUUCGCUAGUGAUACAAAGUCCGAUCGAAAGUGGCUGAUCUUCGAUGGACCGGUCGAUGCUGUAUGGAUUGAGAACAUGAAUACGGUUCUGGACGACAAUAAGAAGUUGUGUUUGACUUCCGGGGAGGUCAUUACGAUGACUGGGGAGAUGUCUAUGAUAUUUGAGGUUAUGGAUCUGGAGCAGGCAUCCCCGGCAACGGUCUCCCGCUGCGGAAUGAUCUUUAUGGAACCGACACUGAUUGGAUGGGAGGCUUUUGUGAAGUCGUGGAUUCAGCGCUGUAACAAGCAGUGGACAGCGGAUUGGGAGGAUUUGCUGUUGGAGAUCUUCCGUUGGGUGGUUACGGACUGUUUGACAUUUAUUAGAAGGCAGUGCAGACAGUAUCUCCACCCGGGAGAUAUCAAUUUGUUGACAUGCACGAUGAACAUCUUCCAAAUGGUGAUCGACGAAGCGGUUCACGAGAGUCCGGAUGAGUACGGGAAGUAUCUCUUCACAUGGUUCCAGGCAGCGUUGAUGUAUUCGGUCGUUUGGGGAUUGGCAGGUAUUUUGGAUAUGGAGUCAAAGGUGAAGUUUGAUGAGUUUUAUCGAGAGAUUUGGAAGGGUACUGACGAGAACCAUCCAGUUCCGGAUGCUUUGGGGAAGAUCGAUGUGUCGAUGCCAGGCGAGGGCAUGAUCAUGGACUAUGUGUACUAUUUCAAACAGAAGGGGAACUGGCGUUAUUAUCCGGAUAUGGUACGGCAGAUGAAGAACGAAGUUGGGAUCACCCUCCUGGUUCCUACACUGGAUUCCGUGCGUUACAUGCACAUCUUGGACAUUCACGUGAAGAACAAGAAACCGCUUCUCUUGGUAGGGCCAACCGGCACGGGAAAGACCUACUACUUUCAGAACUAUCUAAUGAGCAAAAUGGACCAGACGACCUUCCUGCCUACUCUCAUAACCUUCACGUCCCAGAUUACAGCGAACCAAACACAAGACCUGAUAAUAUCCAAGUUGCUUAAGAAGAAGCGUAGUCACUACGGACCUCCGGAUAACAAGACUUCCGUCCUGUUCAUCGACGAUAUGAACAUGCCGGCCAAGGAGAUCUACGGAGCUCAACCACCGAUCGAAUUAAUCCGUCAAUACUUUGACUACAGCCAUUGGUAUGACCUGAAGGAUGCCUCCAAGUUGCAUCUGCAGAAGAUCCUCAUUAUGGCUGCCUGCGGUCUACCGGGUGGAAGCCGUCAGAACGUCUACGAACGAUUCCUGUGUCACUUUGACAUCUUUUCCAUCAGCAACUUCAACGAUGAGACCAUGUUCAAGAUCUUCAGCAACGUGCUGCUGGAUGGCUACAAACGGGGAGGUCACGCCACGGAUGUUACAACGAUGGUCAAUAUGAUCGUGACCGCAACGCUGGAUGCGUAUCAGUUUGCGUGUGCGAAGCUGCUUCCAACUCCGGCCAAGUCACAUUACAUCUUCAACUUGAGGGACGUUUCACGAGUCAUUAGCGGUUGCUCCAUGCUGAAGCGAGAAUCGGUGGAGAGUAAGAAGGUUUUUCCGCGCCUGUGGAUGCACGAAGCCAUGCGAGUAUUCUACGAUCGACUGGUUAACGAUGCAGAUCGAUUGUUCGUGUUCGACAAACUGAAUCAGAACUUGAAGAGCUUCUUCAAGGAACGUCCGGAGAUACUGCUACCGGAUUUCUUCGACGAGCAGACUGGUGCCGUUCAGCUUGGUAAUUUGAAUAACUUGAUGUUUGGAAGUUACUUUGAUGCGGAUGCCGAACCGGAAGAUCGCAAGUAUGAGGAAACUCAGCAGGUGGAACAAUUCAAAGAUUUGGCCAAUCGGGAUCUUGUGGAGUACAACAGUACGCACAAAGCAAAGAUGGAUAUCGUGCUAUUUCAGUAUGCUCUGCAGCACCUGAACAAGAUUUGUCGGGUUAUGUCCAUGCCGGGAGGAAGCUGUAUGCUGGUCGGUAUGGGUGGCUCCGGGCGGCAGUCCUUGACGAAGUUGGCCGCUCAAAUGUGCGGACAGUCACUGUUUCAACCGGAGAUUACUAAGUACUACGGGCUAAACGAAUGGAGAGAGGAUUUGAAGAAGGUGUUAAAGGAAGCCGGAGGAAUGGGCCGUGAUACUGUAUUCUUGUUGACGGAAGCUCAACUUAAGGAGGAGAUCUUCCUUCAGGAUAUUGAUUGCCUUUUAAACAUCGGAGAAGUUCCUAACAUAUUCCCGGUUGACGAGAAGCAGGAAAUUCUGGAAAUGGUUCGGCUAGCCGCUCAAGGUGGUAAUCGAAACCUGGACAUCAGUCCACUGGAGGUGUUCCAGUUCUUUGUUAAUCGUUGUAAACAGAAACUGCACAUAGUCAUCUGUUUCAGCCCGAUUGGAUCUGCCUUGAGAACCCGUAUUCGUCUAUAUCCAUCCUUGGUGAACUGCUGCACCAUCAAUUGGUUCGACGCAUGGCCGGAAGACGCACUGGAGAAGGUCGCAGAAAUGUACAUGAAGGAAUUGAACGUUGCCUCCUCGGUGAAGGAAUCGAUUGUGGUGACCUGCAAACAUUUCCACGUAGUGGCACGAGAAGUCUCUACAGAGUUCACCACAGCCACUAGUCGAGUCACCUACAUCACAUCUGCUUCCUACUUGGAGUUGAUCAAGUGCUUCCGUAACCUUACCAAGAAGCACCAAUCAGAGAUCAUGCAGAAUAAGAUGCGCUACCUUGGGGGUUUGGAGAAGUUGGACGCUGCAGCCGAUGCCGUGUCGACGAUGCAAAAGGAGCUCAACGCUCUACAACCGACGCUGAUCGUGAUGGCUGAGCAGUCUCGGAAGAUGACCGAGGAGAUUGAAAAGGAAUCCAUCGAAGCAGCUGCCGCUACGGAGCAGGUCAAGAAGGAUGAAGUAGUGGCAAACGUCCAAGCUGCCGAAGCGCAAGUAUUGAAGGCAGAUUGCGAAAAAGAUCUUGCUGGAGCGAUUCCAAUUUUGGAAGAAGCGAUCCAAGCGCUAAAUACUUUGAAACCAAACGACAUAACGCUGGUGAAAUCAAUGAAGAAUCCCCCCGAAGUGGUCAAACUGGUUAUGGCAGCAAUUUGCGUCAUGAAGGGCAUCACACCGGAUAAGGUCACGGAUCAGGCAACCGGGAAGAAGAUGCUGGACUUUUGGGGCCCCAGUAAGCGAUUGCUGGGCGAUAUGGGUUUCCUUCAGACACUGAAGGACUAUGACAAAGACACCAUCAAUCCGGAUAUUAUGAAGAAAAUUCGAAAGGACUUUAUCCCUCACAAGGACUUCCAGCCUCACAUCGUAGCGAAGGCAUCCAGUGCGGCGGAGGGUCUGUGCAAGUGGAUCAUUGCGAUGGAUUUGUAUGAUGCCGUGGCAAAGAUUGUGGCUCCGAAGAAGGAAAAGCUGCGACUAGCGGAGAAGGAAUACGCGGAGACGAUGGCGUUGCUUAACGAGAAGCGACUACUGGCGGCUAAUUUGGAGAGGAAAGUAGCCGAGUUGAAUGAUAACUUGGAAGAAGCGAAUCGAAAGAAGCAGGAAGUGGAGGACGAGGUUCAGAUGUGCAAAGAUAAGUUGCAACGAGCGGAGACAUUGAUUGGAGGCCUUGGAGGAGAGAAAACUCGAUGGACGGUUUCAGCAGAGAGAUUGCAACAGUUGUACGACAACUUAGCUGGAGACAUUUUGGUAUCUAGCGGCGUGAUUGCCUACCUAGCUCCACUGACGGCGACGUACCGAAAUAAGUGCAUUGAAAAUUGGCAUGCGUUUGUCAUGGAGAUAGGGAUUCCUUGCUCGGAAAAGUAUAGCGUGGUGGAUGUAUUGGGGUCGAUGAUCAAGAUCCAGAACUGGAACAUUUCCGGUUUGCCGACCGAUGCGUUUUCUGUGGAAAACGGGAUCAUCAUGGACAGUUCCAGCAGGUACAGCUUAUUCAUCGAUCCGCAGUUUCAAGCGAACAAAUGGAUUAGAAACAUGGAAAGGAAUAACCAUCUGCAGAUCUUGAAGUUUUCGCAGGCGGACUACAUGAAGCGGUUGGAGUCCUGCAUCGAGCACGGUUAUCCGGUGUUGAUCGAGAACAUCUUCGACGAAUUGGAAGCACCUUUGGAUCCACUGCUGAAUAGGAAUACCUUCGUUCAGGGAGGCGUCGAAUAUCUCAGCUUGGGAGACAACGUUAUUCCAAUUUCAGCGAAAUUUCGACUGUAUUUGACAUCGGGGUUGCGAAAUCCUCACUAUCUACCAGAAGUAUUCAACAAAGUGACGAUCAUCAACUUUGCGCUGACCAUCAAGGGUUUGGAAGACCAACUUCUCGGGAUCGUGGUUGCCAAGGAACGUCCGGACCUCCAAGAACUACGCCAGAAUCUGAUCCUACAAGGUGCAAAGAACAUAGCUAUGCUAAAGGAGGUUGAGGACAAGAUUUUGAAGACGCUGUCUGAGAGCAAGGGAGACAUUUUGGAGGAUGAGAGUGCCAUCAAGAUUUUGGAUGACUCAAAGCGUAUUUCGAUCGAUAUUGUCAAGAAGCAGGAGGACUCAAAAGAAAUCGAAGCCAAGAUUGAAGCGUUCCGUCAGAGCUAUCGUCCUGUCGCCGCACACUCUUCUACGCUGUAUUACUGUAUCACAGAGCUACCGAACAUCGAUCCAAUGUAUCAAUUUUCGUUGUUGUGGUUCAUAAAUCUGUACAUUUACUCGAUCGAGAAUGCCAACAGGACUAAGGAUCUUCUCCGGCGAUUGAAAUUUCUGAUGGAUGCUGUCACCUUGAACCUGUACAACAAUGUCUGCAGAUCGCUAUUCGAGAAGGAUAAAUUACUAUUCUCAUUCGUGUUGACUACGAAAAUUAUGAUCUCCUGUAAUCAGAUCGACACGAAGGAGUUUGAAUUUCUUUUGCUCGGAGGAGAGAAAAGUACCAUCGAUCUACCAAUUCCGGAUCCCAGCUGGAUAACUGAUAAACUCUGGGAGGACAUCCGUCGCUUAGAACAACUGCCGGAGUUUACCGGAUUCGUGGAAAGCUUCCGUGAGCACAAGGACUCCUGGAAACGUUACUACGAUGUGGAAGACACUCACGUGGAAAAACUUCCCACUCCUUGGCAGGAGAAGACCAACCGCUUCGAGAAGCUUAUAGCUCUACGCACGUUCCGACCCGACAAGGUCGUUCUAGCAAUCACCGAAUUCGUAGCGUCAGAGAUGGGUCCAGCUUACGUACUCCCACCCCCAUUUGAUAUUUCCAGGUCCUUCGAGGACUCCAAUUGCCUAACACCAUUGAUCUUCAUCCUAUCGCCGGGUGCAGACCCAAUGAACGCCUUGCUACUAUUCGCCGAAAAAAUGGGGUUCGAUGAAACCUUCCAAGCGAUCUCGCUAGGUCAAGGACAGGGCCCGAUUGCCCAAAAAAUCAUCGAACGAGCUCAAGAAGAAGGCACCUGGGUGUGCCUUCAGAAUUGUCAUCUAGCCGCUUCCUGGAUGCCAACGCUGGAAUACCUUUGGGAAAAUAUGGAUCUCUUCAACACCACGUCCUCUUUCCGUCUGUGGCUGACGAGCUAUCCUUCGGAACAAUUCCCAUCCAGUAUUCUACAGAACGGAAUCAAAAUGACCAACGAACCACCCACGGGUCUCCAGCAAAAUCUGCUACGAUCGUACAAAUCUGAACCCAUGAACGACGACGCCUUCUACACCGGCUGUGCUGGAAAAGACCGCUCAUUCUCCAAGCUUCUCUAUGGAAUCUGUUUCUUCCACGCGGUCGUCCAAGAACGCCGGAAAUUCGGUCCCCUCGGAUGGAAUAUCUCCUACGGUUUCAACGAAUCCGACUUCCAAAUCUCCGUCCUUCAACUGCAAAUUUUCCUUAACCAGUAUGAGGACAUUCCUUACAUGGCGAUCUCCUAUCUAACCGGAGAAUGUAACUAUGGAGGACGCGUUACUGACGCCUGGGAUCGACGUGCAAUCGUAACCAUCUUGGCGGACUACGUCAACGACCGAGUCGUAAAUGAUCCAAACUACCGCUUCUCCAACCAAGGCGAUUGCUAUGGGGUUCCACUGAGAAACGAACAUCGGGAGUACGUUGCCCAUAUCAAGAAUAACGUUCCAAACUAUCCCAGUCCAGCCGUGUACGGAUUGCAUCCGAAUGCGGGCAUUACGAGGGAUCUGAAUGCUUCCAAAGUGCUGCUCGAGUCGAUGAUGAUGACUCUAGGAGGAUCGUCGGAAAUGAGCGAUGCCGAUAAGGAGAAGAACAUUUUGGUGGUUAUUGAAGGGAUUCAGAGUCGGUUACCGGCGGAUUUCGAUAUUGAGCUGGCUAAGGCGAAAUACCCGGUGGAUUAUAGCGAAUCGAUGAAUACGGUGCUGGUACAGGAGAUGGAACGGUUCAACAAUCUACUGCAGGAGAUCCGAAGCAGUUGCGUUAAUCUGAAGAAGGGUAUCGCGGGAUUGGUUGUGCUGACACCGGAGUUGGAAUCGGUUUAUAGUGCCAUUAACUUUAAGAAGAUCCCGGACAGUUGGAUGAAGAAGUCGUAUCCGAGCUUGAAACCGAUCGGAGCGUAUGUAAACGACUUUUUGGAACGUUUGGCUUUCUUGGAGACGUGGUAUCAGACGGGAAAACCGAAUGUGUUCUGGAUAUCUGGGUUCUACUUUACGCAGGCUUUCCUGACGGCGGCGAUGCAGAACUACGCACGGAAGUACAGUAUUCCAAUUGACGUUCUGACGUUCGAUUUUGAUGUAUUGAAAGCGACGACGGUUAAUUCUGCUCCGGAGGAUGGCAUCUAUAUUGAAGGGCUAUUUUUAGAAGGAGCUAAAUGGAAUCUUAGGGGAAGUUACCUCGAGGAACAGCUACCAAAAAUGCUGAUUGAUGUGAUGCCGAUCAUUCAUAUUAUGCCCAUCAAGAGCGCUCAACUGGAGGAAGGCAAUCGCUACAAGUGCCCGGUGUACAAGACUGCCGAACGGAAGGGCACCCUUUCGACGACCGGGCAUUCAACGAACUACGUCAUUCCCAUACUACUCGGAACUAGACUGAACAGUGCCCAUUGGGUCAAGCGAAGUGUGGCACUUCUAUGCCAGAAUUCAGAAUGAAGACUUUUUUUUGGAAUCAUAUUUUUCAGAUAAAUUUACAACUACGGUUCAAUUGUG